AUGAUCUUCCACAAGCGCACGCACUCUGGGGCGUCGUCUCUUGCUGGUCCGCCAGGUCCCGGCGGCCGUGGUCAGCUUCCUAUGCUGCAGAUGCCCGACAAGCUGCGGUAUAACCUGUUGUGUGUGAUGGGCGAGUUUGUGGGCACAUUCUUGUUCCUUUUCUUCUCUUUUGCCGGCACGCAAGUGUCCAAUACGCCAAUGCCCGAGCCUGGAUCUUAUCCGAAUACUUCCAAUCUGCUAUACUCUGCGCUGUCUUUUGGCUUUGCGUUAACGGUCAAUGUCUGGGCAUUCUUCCGUGUUACCGGUGGUCUGUUCAAUCCGGCGGUGACUCUGGCGCUUUGCCUUACCGGAGGGUUGCCCCCACUUCGCGGACUGUUUGUGUUCCCUGCGCAGCUGGUCGGUGGUAUUGCCGCGGCAGGCGUGGUCAGCGCUCUUUUCCCAGGCCCCUUGAAUUGUGCCACCCGACUCGGUGGCGGCGCAUCGAUCUCGCAAGGACUGUUCAUCGAGAUGUUCCUCACAGCGCAGUUGAUUCUCGUAAUCAUCAUGCUGGCUGUCGUCAAGCACAAGUCGACCUACCUGGCACCUGUCGGCAUUGGUCUGACAUUCUUCGUCACCGAACUUAUUGGUGACUACUAUACCGGCGGCUCCCUCAAUCCCGCACGCUCGCUAGGCCCCGACGUUAUCAAUCGCAGCUUCCCCGGGUACCACUGGAUCUACUGGGUCGGACCUCUUCUCGGAUCCCUACUUGCCUCUGCCUUCUACCACUUGAUGUGCUAUGUCCGCUGGGAGAACAUCAACCCUGGCCAGGAUUAUAACGAGUGGGAAGUCAAGGCAGGCAAGUCUGGUUCGUCUGCUGCCUCUGAGCAUACAGUCACCGAUGGCUUGCACAAUGGUCCCCAGACCGAGACCGAACCGAGCCGCGAGAUUCCUCCUGAGCAGCAGGUGUAA